AUGGACAUUGCCACCUCACUCUCCUCCCUCCGCUUCAUUUCCUGUCAAGGCUCCCCACUGCCUGAACCCAGUUGGAAGUUAGAGGCAAGAUUAAACCAGGUGGCACCUUCAAUACUCGGCCAGGAGUUCUCCGUAUCCAGAUCACUCAGGACAUUUUCUACCUUCCGCAUUACUGCAGGUGACAGUACCACGAAACGGUCUGCCACUAGUGACAAGCAUCUCCUGUCCCCUAGUUUCCAAGGCAACUCCGUAAGUCUAGCCCACUCUCAGGAGGGAUUGCACAGGGUGUGGAUACCAGGAGGCGAGCAUCACUGGGGGCCACCUCGGAGGCUGGCUACGGGGAGACAGAGGACUAACGCUCAGACUACACUGGGUUACUCUGAUGCUGCGCCCUGUGCACAAGGGAACCUGAAGGAUGGAGGCCGAGCAGCCAUGAGGAGGGCACCCAAAUGGUAUUCUGCAGAUGCAGAGAAGGUAGCAAACUUGCUACAGAUCCCACAGUAUUUUGAUUUAGAAAUCUACAGCACAGGGAGAAUGGAAAAGCGUCUGGAUGCUCCAUUAAAGCAGAUUAAGUUUGUUGUGCAGCAACAUGUAGAAUCAGAUGUUCUAGAAGCCUGCAGUAAAACCUAUAGCAUCUUAUGCAGUGAAGAAUAUACUAUCCAGAACAGAGUUGACAUAGCUCGAAGCCAGCUGAUUGAUGAGUUUGCAGACCAAUUCAAUCAUUCUGUGGAAGAUCUAUUGCAAGAGGGAGAAGAAGCCGAUGAUGAUGAUAUUUUCAAUGUUCUUUCUACAUUAAAGAGAGCAUGGAGCUAUGCCAGAACAGAUAGUCGUGCAGGCACUACAGUGUCCCAUUACUCAAUUCUUUGGCAGUUGGUGAAAAUUACUGAUGGUUCUCCUUCCAAAGAGGAUUUGUUGGUAUUGAGAAAAACAGUGAAAUCCUUUCUGGCUGUUUGCCAACAGUGCCUAUCUAAUGUUAAUAGUCCAGUGAAAGAACAGGCUUUCAUGUUGCUCUGUGACCUUUUAAUGAUUUUUAGCCACCAAUUAAUGACAGGUGGCAGGGAGGGCCUUCAACCUUUGGUGUUUAAUCCAGAUACUGGACUUCAGUCUGAACUCCUCAGUUUUGUGAUGGAUCACGUUUUCAUUGACCAAGAUGAGGAGAAUCAAAGCAUGGAGGGAGAUGAAGAAGAUGAAGCUAAUAAAAUUGAGGCCUUACAUAAAAGAAGGAAUCUGCUUGCUGCCUUCAGCAAACUUAUCAUUUAUGACAUUGUUGACAUGCAUGCAGCCACAGACACCUUCAAACACUACACGAAGUAUUACAAUGACUAUGGUGAUAUUAUUAAGGAAACGCUGAGUAAAACCAGGCAGAUUGAUAAAAUUCAGUGUGUCAAGACCCUCAUUCUCAGUUUGCAACAGUUGUUUAAUGAACUUGUUCAAGAGCGUCCCAACCUGGACAGGACAUCUGCCCAUGUCAGUGGCAUUAAAGAACUGGCCCGUCGCUUUGUGCUUACAUUUGGACUAGAGCAGAUCAAGACACGAGAAGCAGUUGCCACGCUUCACAAGGAUGGCAUAGAGUUUGCUUUUAAAUACCAAAAUCAGAAAGGACAAGAAUAUCCACCUCCUAAUCUGGCUUUCCUUGAAGUACUAAGUGAAUUUUCUUCUAAACUUCUUUGACAGGACAAAAAGACUGUUCACUCAUACCUAGAGAAAUUCCUCACCGAGCAGAUGAUGAAAAGGAGGGAAGAUGUAUGGCUUCCACUCAUCUCCUAUAGAAAUUCGUUAAUUACUGGUGGUGAAGACGACAGAAUGUCUGUGAACAGUGGAAUUAGCAGCAGCAAAAUCUCAUCAGUAAGAAAUAAGAAAGGACCCCCACUUCACAAAAAACAAGUGGAACAUGAAAGUCUGGAUAACACAUGGCUAAAUAGGACUGACACCACGAUUCAGACCCAUGGACCCCUGCCAGCACCACAGCUCACUUCCACUGUACUACGGGAGAAUAGCCAGCCCAUGGGAGAGCAGAUUCAGGAACCUGAGUCUGAACCUGGUUCUGAACCAGACUUUUUACACAAUCCUCAGAUGCAGAUCUCUUGGUUAGGCCAGCCAAAGUUAGAAGACUUAAAUCAGAAGGACAGAACAGGAAUGAACUACAUGAAAGUGAGAACUGGAGUAAGGCAUGCUGUUCGGGGUCUGAUGGAGGAUGAUGCUGAGCCCAUUUUUGAAGAUGUGAUGAUGUAAUCCCGGAGCCAGUUAGAAGAUAUGAAUGAAGAAUUCGAAGACACCAUGGUUAUUGAUCUGCCCCCUUCAAGAAAUCAGCGAGAGAGAGCUGAGCUAAGGCCAGACUUCUUUGACUCUGCAGCUAUCAUAGAAGACGAUUCAGGAUUUGGAAUGCCUAUGUUCUGAAGUCUGAAGAAAUUUUACAAAUCUGGAACUCUAUUAUUUAGAGCUAGAGGCCUAUAUACUGUGAUAGCUUGUAUGGGGAAAAAACACUUUUGAUUGAUUUGUUUUUUAAUCCAAUGAUUGAGGUCAAUCCCUUUUUUGCAGUGACUGAGAAGAGGAGCAUGUAAAUUAUUCAAGAGAAUGUUGGUGAAUGUCACCUCAGAAA